UGUAUUAUAUAGAUUAUGGCGAAGGAUAUGGGGGUGGCGGAGCAGGGGUCUUACUCCGCCAAGGACUACCAGGAUCCGCCACCGGCACCGCUAAUCGACGUGGAGGAGCUGACCAAGUGGUUGUUUUACAGGGCUUUGAUUGCGGAGUUCAUUGCCACGCUUUUGUUCCUUUACAUUACGAUUUUGACGGUGAUUGGUUACAAGAGCCAGGUUAACCCGGUCAAGAAUGCUGACCAGUGUGGCGGCGCUGGGAUUCUCGGCAUAGCUUGGGCUUUUGGUGGCAUGAUCUUUGUGCUUGUUUACUGCACUGCUGGAAUUUCUGGAGGACACAUAAACCCAGCAGUGACAUUUGGGCUGUUCUUGGCUCGGAAAGUGUCGCUGAUUCGAGCAGUGAUGUACAUGGUGGCUCAGUGCUUGGGUGCCAUAUGCGGAGUUGCGCUUGUGAAGGCCUUCCAGAGCUCCUACUACGACGUCUACGGCGGUGAUGCUAACGAGCUCUCCACCGGCUACAGCAAGGGCACCGGCUUGGGCGCCGAGAUCAUCGGAACAUUCGUGCUCGUCUACACCGUCUUCUCCGCCACCGAUCCCAAGAGGAGCGCCAGAGACUCCCAUGUCCCUGUAUUGGCACCACUUCCAAUUGGGUUCGCUGUGUUCAUGGUUCACCUAGCCACCAUUUCGGUCACCGGCACUAGCAUCAACCCUGCUAGGAGCCUUGGAGCUGCUGUUAUUUACAACCAAGAAAAGGCUUGGCAUGACCAUUGGAUGUUUUGGGUAGGACCCUUCAUUGGUGCAGCCAUUGCAGCCUUCUACCACCAGUUCAUCUUGAGAGCUGGAGCCAUUAAAGCUCUCUGGUCUUUCAGGAGCAGCUCCCAUGUCUGAUUUUUCAGAAAGUUAAAAAAAAAAA